AUGUCUUCUCCCUCUGAAAAGAACGAUGAUAUCUCAGAGCAAUUCCGCCGGGUGGUCGACAAGAUGUGCAUUGCGUCAAUCUUGAACGGCGAUAAUCAAGGCCCGGACCAAAGCCUCGAAGACCACACAAGCCAAUACAACGAUAGCCAGUCGACAGAUGAGGACUUGGAAAGCAGACACUCCACCGAAUAUCGAGCGAGCGAGACCUCACCCGGUGGCUCCAUUGAGUCAAUGAUGGCGGGACGAAAGCGUAGACGACCUCGCUCGCCUUGCAAGAAAUACGAGCUCGAGCAAAAAUACUUCAUCUGGUAUCACCGAAUAGAUUUGGAACAAGAAUGGGACGACAUCGAAAAGGCAUUCCACCGCCAAUUUGGCGACCUCAGAAAAAAGGGCGGACUUCAAUGCAAAUUUUAUCGUGUUCUCGAGGAAUCAAACGUCGCCAAAGUAAGAGAACAAGCCAAAUCGGGACACCGAGACCGACGUGGCAAAAUCGACAAGUUUGGAGUGGUGCAAAGAACCACCCAGCGAUUCCUCUGGAUGCGGCCAGAGGAUCAAUCGAGACCUCCCCUGCCCUGCUUUAUCAAACGGGAUGGCUGCGGAGAUCCGACCUGCGAGAUAUGUGCCCGAGCGCAGAAGACAUGA